AGCUUCAAGUCAUUUAAUAUCAAUCCAUUCUACGAACGUCGUCGAUUAGUUGUCGUUCGUAUAGCAAAUUGUGAUUUGUUCUAUUUUGACAUUCGAUUAUUUGUUCAAUCGUCUAUAUUUGCCGAACGACAUGCACUAAAUAGAGAAUAUUUAUUUAAUCAUAUGCGCAAGUGCCCUUUACAAUAAAAUGACUAUAGUUUAGACUCCUUCGAGAGGAUCUGGAAUCCUUUCUGUGCUUACAAGACUUUUGUUGCUAAGUUCAUAACUUCGUCACCAUGGUUCAGGAGUAUGUUUCACCCGUGAGGGUACACAAGUAUCCCUUCGAAAUGGUUAUGGCUGCGUACGAGCGUCGUUUCCCAAACUGUCCCCAGAUCCCGGUCGUAAUAGACUGUGUGAUCACGGAGGACAGCUGGUCCGCAGACGACUCCCAGCGACAGACCACCAGAAGAUGUCAGCUCAACGUGGACGCGCCCUACCUGCUCAAGAAGAUGAUCGGUGUGGAUUAUAUUUACUUCAUCCAAAAGAAUCAUCUGGAUCUGAAGAGUCGUGUGCUGGAGAUAGAAGCCACCAACGAGACCUUCGCCUCCAGGGUCUCGGUCGUUGAAAACUGUCGCUAUUUCGUACACCCAGAGAAUUCUGAGUGGACCUGUUUCGAGCAGAGAGCGCUACUCGACGUCAAGAACUUCUUCGGACUCGAGAACACGGUCGAGAAGAUAGCCAUGAAGCAGUACGCGGCGAACAUAGCCAAGGGCAAAGAGCUGAUCGAGAUCUUCAUGCAAGGAGUUCAUGAAGACGGUGUCAAGGAUCUGAAGCCCUGGUCGGCUUCCGACCCUCGGAACAACAGGGAGCUGCGACGUGUGGUCUCCAGGGGGACGGAGCCUCUGUCGCCACUACCAGCGGCUGACGCUAAGCGACACUCGCUACCAGAUCCAUUCAGCUUGGACAGCGACUACAUCAAGAGGUACCUCGGCGAGCUGACGCCCACCCAGGAGUCGAGGCUGCUGCAGCUCAGGAAGUGGAUCGCGGAACUGCAGAAGGGGAAGGUGCCGAGUGACACGACGCUGCUUCGUUUCCUUCGAGCUCGAGACUUCAGCGUGGAGAAGGCUCGUGAGAUGCUCUCCCAGUCCCUACUCUGGCGCAAGAAGCACCAGGUGGACAGGCUGCUGUCGGAGUACGAGACGCCGGAGGUCGUGCGGCAGUACUUCCCCGGGGGGUGGCAUCACCAUGACAAGGACGGACGUCCGCUUUACAUACUCAGACUUGGACAAAUGGACGUAAAGGGCUUGUUGAAAUCCAUCGGAGAAGAUGGCCUCUUGAAGUUGACGCUUCACGUGUGUGAAGAGGGCCUGAAACUGCUGGAGGAGGCGACCAGGUCGUCGGAACACGCCAUACAGUCGUGGUGCCUGCUGGUGGAUCUGGACGGGCUGAACAUGAGGCACCUGUGGCGGCCCGGGGUCAGGGCUUUGCUGAGGAUCAUCCAGAUCGUGGAGGCCAACUACCCGGAGACCAUGGGCCGGGUCCUCAUCGUCCGGGCGCCCAGGGUCUUCCCAAUACUAUGGACCAUCGUUAGCACUUUCAUUGAUGAAAACACCCGCAGUAAGUUCUUGUUCUACGGCGGCAAGGACUACCUCCAGCCCGGGGGUUUGCUCGAUUACAUCCCCAAAGACCUCAUCCCAGACUUCCUCGGGGGACCUUGCAAGAGUUUCGUCCACGAGGGCGGGCUGGUUCCGAAGAGCUUGUACGUCAGCGGCGCCUUCACUGAGCGCGACGGAGACCCCCUCAGUGAAGACAGCAUCUACAAAUCGGUCAGCCUGGCGAGAGGACAGGUGCACGAGGUGGUGGUGCACAACCGCGACCCGCACAGCGUGCUGACGUGGGACUUCGACGUGUUACGGCACGAAGUGUACUUCAGCGUGUUCAGGAGCACCAAGGAGCUGCAGCCUCCGGAGCAGCCCGCCGCCGGCGACGAGAGCCGCUCUGUCCUGGAGGGUGCUGGUCGCGAGGGUGAACACUACCACCGCGUGGAGACGUCGCUGCUGUGUCACGACGGAGAGAGCAUACAGGGUUCCCACGUGAUGUCAUCGCGAGGCAGCUACGUCCUCCAAUGGCGGUGCGAGGGCGCCCGGGGGCCGGACGGGGCGCAGCUGGUGUACUUUCACGAGACGCUCGCCAGCCACCACUACCGCGGGUCCAUGUCGAGCCUGCAGUCCGCCACCAGUGGCUUCUCGUGCCUGAGCGGGUCCAGCUCGUGUCCGUCCCGGUGAUGCGGCGCCCCCGCGCUGCCCCCGCCCCCCGCGGCGCCCUCCUGUGUGCCGGACGCGUGCCGCUGCGAGCCCUGAGGAAGCGAUGCUACACUCAAUGCCUGUUUUCCUCACUAAAGAUGAACUAUAUCGUACUGAACUAUAUCGUGACUUCCGCGGGUCACUAUUAUUUGAACGGUUCUGAGGAGCCGACGAAGUCGUGUCCGCUAUGUGAUUUUUUUGUGCAAAUCUUGUUAUUAUAGUAGCCAUCGGUUACCCGACGGCUAGAUGGAGACGAUGUUACAGAUGAUGAUCACGGAAGUGCUGAUCCAAUAUAUUUUAUGGAAUAUGUUGAAUACUAGAUAUAGUAGCCUUAAGAUUUUUGGGGAUGGGGUGCUAGGGGGUAGGGGUCGUGUAAAUAUGGUAGGUAGAUAGAAAAAUUAAAUAAAAAUCUGCAAAAUAAGCCGCAGCACACAGCGUGCAGCCCGAAAUAUAUGUAGGGAAUAUAUAGAUAUAUAUUUAUGAUUAUAUAUAGCAUUAAACGGAAUAAAGUUCUGUGUGAUGGGAGCACGGGGCGCCUGCAACGAAUGACUUGGAAAAAUGUCUACUCGAGUAGAAGAAAUAUACUUGUGCUGACUUAAAGUGAAUCUGUCGCAAAAUGUGAAGUUGAAGAGAGACGCGGCGCAGAGAAGUAGCUGCGGGAACUAAUAUUAAUAAUUAAAAUUAAUUGGACACGCUGCGUCGGUCGCGGUCAUUGUGUGGCCGCGAGAUUACCAGACCGCUUCACGGCGGCGUGAUGUUAGGAGGUAAAUAUAUAGAUAAUGUUAGUGCUAGUGUUGGGACGGAUCUCCACAACGAUAUCUCUAAGCACCGGUUGAGAGCCCGCUUUAAGUAUAUUCACUGUAGUUACUAAGGUGAAUUGUUUAGUUUAAAAACUGAUGUACGGACAGAGAAUAGAAACGGCGACGCCAUUCAUGUUUGAUGCGAAUAAAAUAAUGUUGCCAAUAUAUUUAAUAGGACGAAAAUAGCAAAAAACCGUUAUCGCUUAGAUAUAUACAAUCACUAGAAUUAAUUAAUUACAUCAUAUUGAUAUUGACUGGCAACACUGACGUGAGGCGCGAGCCUCGGGUACACAAACACGGAAGCAAACCUCGUACAGACAUGUUACAAGGAACGUACCCUCCGACACCUCUGACUCGUAGACUGUCUCUGAACAUCGCACGAGUAACCGCGGGCGAGCAGUUUGCGGUUACGAGACGAGCUGUUGCAUAUCAUUUGACAGUGACAGCUUUGCUCGUUCAGUAACAGCUCUUCACGAUGACAUCGGCUUCGGUUAAUAUUUUCAUACAUGUAUCAGACUAUAUCCUAUACAGCCGGAUCCAGGAGCUCCUGCAGCCGGCUGCGGUUAAUGUUACGACGUAUUAAGGUGUUUUAUUCCUCUAGGGUUGUGGGCGAUGUCUGGAAACGGUCUCCACGUAAAGCUAACUAUAAAUGAUAUUAAACAUAGUUAUAUGGAUAUGUUAGGACGUGAGGAUCCGAACGUAGCUUGUUACAUGAGUGAUAUAUAAUAAAAGAAUUCCUUUUAAAUGAAUCGUAUAUUCUUAUACAAUCAUUGAACAAAUGUGUAGAUAUUAAAUUAAAUUGAUGGCAAAAUAUUAUAUAAUAUAAUAUAAGCACCAGACACUGUCCAAAAUAUAAUAUAUAUAUAUGAUGAUUA